AUCUGUCAGUGUCAACUUGCUCAAAUCGUCAGACUCAGUGAAGCCUACGAGUGUGUUAAAUAAUUCACUUCGAAUAAAACAUGGCUUUCUUCAACUGCGGCAGAUUGGGCAGCCGUUCACUGCUAGCAAGCAUAAAUAAGGUACCUACGGUGCUUGGGUCCGCAAGUUACGCGCAAGCUGCUGCUAGUGCUCCAAAAAUUGUGUACAAGAAAUUUGAACCACCCCAGAUUGAGCACCAUGACGAUAGGAACGCUCGUCUCAAGAGGCCGAUGUCUCCCCAUCUCAGUAUCUAUGCUCCACAGCUGACCAGUAUAUUGUCGGUUACCCAUAGAGCUACAGGAAUCAUCUUGUCGGGUUACUUUGGAGCACUGGGCAUUGGAGCAUUAGUAUUGCCACAUGACAUCUCACACUAUAUUGCCAUUAUCGAGAACCUCAACUUGUCUCCAGCAACCUUAUUUGUUGCAAAGUUCUUGCUUGCUGCACCAGUCGGCUAUCAUUUUGCUAAUGGAAUCAGACAUCUUGUAUGGGACAUGGCUAAGGGACUUACCAUCAAAGAAGUUUACUCCUCUGGCUAUGCCAUGCUCGGCCUCACUGUUGCAAUCACUGUGUUAUUAGCAUCGUUAUAAUCAUUUCUUUAG